UUGAUUUUGGGAUUUUUUUUUUUUGUUUUGAUUUUUUCGAUUUUGUUUUUUUCGGUACACCAAAGAUGGAUAGUGGUUUAUCAAAAUUUGUUGAUAAUGGAAAACGUGACAACAACGACGACGACGAUGAUGAUGAUUAUAUGUCAGAUAAAUUUGUUGUUGAAAAUAAAGAUUCGAGCCAAACAUCAUUAUUACAUAGCCAUAAACAAAAAUAUGAACAUGAACGAUAUAAACGACGUAUAGAAUGUCAACCAAAAUCCAAACAAACAAUAAAAGAAAUGGAAGAAGAAAAAAGACAAGCCGGUUUAUCUAAACCAUUAUUAGAUCCAAUGAAUAAAGGUUUUUGUUUAUUACAGAAAAUGAUGAAUAAUGAUAAUAAAAAAGUUGAAGAAUCUUUGGAAACUAAACAGUCGUCAUCACAGCCGGAUUUAUCAGAUGAAAAAUCAAAUAAAAGAAAAACAGUUGAAGAAUUAGUUAUGGAACGACGGCCAAUUGAUAUUGAAUUUCGUAUUGGUCGACAAGGUUUAGGACAUGAAUCAAAUAAACGUAUUAAAUCGAAAGAUUCAAAUCGAUCGUUGAUGAUGGCUAAAAAAGAAAAAAAUCUUGAAAUUAAAAAGGAUAAAUUUCUACGUGAUUGUUUGGAAAAAUCGGAAAAAUUAUUAGCAAAAAAAGAUUAUUUUUCAUUACAAAAAAUUUGUUAUAAUUUGGAUCAAUCGAAUAAUAUUCGGGAACCAUCAAUAGAAGAAUGGUAUUGGCCAAAAUCAUUUUUGAUUGCAUUGCGAGCAGCAAGAAAAAACAUUGAAUCCGAUGAAGAUGAUGAUGAAGAAGAAAAUGAUGAUUUGAAACAAGAAAAUCAAGAUGAUGAUGACGAAGAUGAUGAUAAUAUUGAUUAUCAAGAAAGAUUACAAAAACUUUCUGAAUAUGUUCGACAAAAAUAUUUUUAUUGUUUAUGGUGUGGUUGUUGUUUUGAAUCGAAUAAUGAUUUAAAUGAUAAUUGUCCGGGUAAUAAUCGUCAAUUACAUUGAAUUUUGGUUAUUUUUUGU